AUGAGUGAACAGGCUCCAGCUCCAACAAAGACUCCUCCGCCGCUCGAGGCCGACGGCGUCCGCGACGACCCUGCCGAGCCCGUCAAGCCCGUCAAGUCCCCUGUCCCUGUUGAAGAAGACCCUAGUCUACCUCCUCCGACCAGCAAUACUGUAAUUCUGGAUCACCCAAGCACGGCAAGUGAUCAUGAAUUGAGCCCUGUUCCCAGCGAAAGUCCGAGCCUUCCCAGCAGUAUGAAUAUCAACCCUCUGCACGACGAAAUUGUCGUCAGCUCGCAGAAUAAUAUCGUUUCGUCUAACCCACCAUACUCCCACUUCCCCGACACCGACGGCGAACCUCAGGAUGACACCUCUUCUCGUGGCCCAACGGAUGCCCGCCGCGGCACCAAACGCGUUCUACUUCCCGACAGUCCCCCCCGUCGUCAGCAUGACCACCAAUCCGACCGUGCAGUCACUACUGACAUUUCCAAGGAGCUAGAACCCCGGCGUACCAAGAUUGUUCGUCGAUCGGUUACUGGUCCCGGCAUCAAGGGAGUCGUGCUAGGCUACUGGAGGGACUCUCGCGUUCCCAGUGUUGAGGAUAGGCAUGCUGUCGUCGGCUUCAUCGACGUGCGAGAUCGUCUUCGCACCCAAAUUCAAAAUACCACGCGGUUUGGGGAACCCGUCCCGCCCGAGUACCCUCUUCCCCCCGGCCCCGGAGGCAGCUGGGUUACAUUCGAGCGAAUCGUUUUCGACGACCAUCUCGUGGGCCUCGACCAGCACCACAUCAAGGAGUACGUCAAAGUCCGUUCCGAGAUGACUUCUGCCGAUGAUUCAAAGGAAGCCUUUUCCGAGGCCGAUCUUGCUGCUCGUGCCGAAGCCAUUAGCCGCCUCAAAGCGAACCCCAUUCCUGAUACCGCACCCCCGGCUCCCAUGGCUUAUGGCGAGAAUGUCCCCGAGACGCUACUUACCCCUGCUCGCGUCGACAACUCUGCGAAGCGCCGCAGGACGUCGGGGAGCUUUGUGCCCGGCUCUUCCUCGAGCCCUUCACUCCGCGAAGCCGCCAUUAACGCUAUCCUCUCUCUGGACCCCCACGACCCCCUUAUCGGCACCCGCCCAACCCGUGUACUUGUCGGAUACUGGAAGGGCUCGAGCGAACGUGAUGUCCGCAACCGCCACGCCGUCUACGGUAUCCUCGGCCAGAACGACAUGUUCCGCGUCAAGGUUGUCCGGGAGACCCGUGACGGCCGCUACAUGAAUGGAAAUUUCCCCACCGGAGCCGGCGCCCUUUGGAUCCACUACGACGAAGUCCAGUUUGAACCGGCCCUCGAGGGUCUUAACCGCAACGAGGUCAAGGAGUACUGCCGUGUCCGACAGUACCAGAUGGACCGCGGCGACGAGUCGGAGCAGCAACGCUUGGUCAACGAAGACGUCGCCGUUCGCUACGCCCGCGAGCGCGUCGCCGCCGGAUUCCGCGGGUACACCAGCGCCGCCAUGCCCAGAUCUGCUCGAGACGACGAUUCUAGCAUGAUGGCCGAGACACGACCCGUGCGUAGCAGCUACCAGCAACCGCCGCAAUUGCAGUCUCAACAGCAACAACUUCACCACCAGCAUCAUCAAAACAACCAUCACCACCACCACCAUCAGCAACAUAUACUUGAACAGCAACAACAGCAGCAACAUCCACUUCAUCAACAACAGCUGCAACAACAACAACAGCAGCAGCAGCAGCAACAACAACUCCAGUACCGCAACGCCGGAUCUGAUGCCGACCUACCCCAGCGCCGCACCCGCGAUAUACGCCCCAACUACCAGGAAUCAUCCUCUUCCUCGGCGACUCAUCAUCAUCAUCAUCAUCGCGCGACGUCCGAGCUUGUCGAGAGGACGAGCAAUAUCGCCCAGCGUGAAAUCGCCCGCGCCGAAGCCGCUCAGCUCCGUCAGGACCGAUACGCCGCCACCAAGGAAGCCGCCGUGGCUGCCGCCGCUGCGCUCUCCACGGGUCACUCGACGCCUAUGCAGGGUGUCCGCCACGAGGCGGUGCUCCCCAGCAAUGGCCACCUCGCAUCGUCGAGCGGUUAUCACGGCAAUCAUAACAGCAACAACAAUAACAACAGUAAUGCCAGCAGCAAUACUAAUAAUGGCGGUGGUGGUGGUGGUAGCAGCAGCGGCCGCGUACCGUUGCACGAGUCGGACGAAAUGGCGCGCCUCAACAACGUCUGGGCCAGGCAGGAGGCGCACCGCGCGAAGGCGGCUGCUCCGAGCAGCAGCCAGGACGACGCCAAGAUCUACAAUGGCGUCAAGUACGAGCGGAAAGCCACGGGGCCGUUCCAGGGACGGUUCGUGUCGCAGGGGACGAUUAUCAGUAUUGAUGGGGAGGAUUACGUGGAGUAUCGGGUGCUUACGAAGCCCUCAUUCUUCUGA